UUUGAAAGCAGUUCUGUUGUGUUUCCGGUUUAGUUGGACUCAGAAGAACUGCCUUGUCCAGCUUUCGCCAGGAGUUUUACACUCUAAUGUAAAUAAUCUGAAGGUGUUUUAGACCGAAUUGAUUCGUUAAUUAGCCGUGCCUUUGAUGAUAUGCCCAGUAGCUCUGGGUUAGGUUUUAUUUCUCAGUCAUGGACCCUUUGAAACAGGCUGAUGUGGUGAAGCUUCAGGAGUCUGUGGAUCUGUCCGUGGGCUGCAGGCCGAGUCCUUUAAAGACACACUCCCUGGAGGGGCUGGAUCCGGGGAAGAAGCCCGGCUGGUGUGGCAUUACCUCAGGAAGCAAGAGCCUUAACAUGUCCGAGUCUCCAUACAUCAGCAAACCCAAUUCACCUGAUCGCCCUGAACCAGGAUCCAGGCAUCACGGGACAAGGACUGGUGGCACGUCAUCCCACGGGUCCUACUCUGUAGCACUCCCCCCAAUCAAUGGCUUGCCAUCUGUGGCUCACCACAGAAUGACGGAUGACAGUGACUACCAUAUGGAAAUGGAUGAUGUGUUAACCCAAACUAAAAAUCGUCUCAAGAAAGCAGAUUGUGUGUUGGGCGACAGGAUGCAUGCAGAAGACAUUUUGACCAGUUGUGGUGAAUCAUACUUGAGUGACACGCUGUCGAAGGACUCAUCGUGUUUACCUCAGGACUUCAGCGCCGCUGCAUACACACUACGAUCCACCAGCUCCGCGUCCAUUGAGACGCUCUCAUCCGAAUGUACCGGCGCUAAAAAAACCUCUCCGCACUCCGUCGACUACAUCUCCAGUGCAGAUGACAGUGACGUCAUUGAGGUGCCAGUCAGCAACUCCAGAUGCAGGACGCCUCCGAGCUGCUGCUUCCGAACGCACAGCGUUAUCGUUCAUGAGAGAACACGAGGAAAUUCCUCCGUGAAGCGGGAAGCUGCAAUGGACCUCUCUCCCAAACAUGUGAAUGAAGUCUGUGCCCUGGAUGAAGCUGGUUUGGAAGCCCGUGAUGGUAAAGCUGGCUCUGAAUCCAAGUCGUUGCUGUCAUGGAUGGAGUCGGUCUGUGUUCCCGUAUCUCCAGAAGACAGCGAUCAAGACACGGAUGCUGCUUCUCCUAGAAACUUCCCAUCUACCUCGGAUGCAGAAAACACAAGGGUCUUCAAGUCUCCACAGAGCAGGGCUUUAUCUUCAGCGUCAAGCCGUCAACGGAAAACUCCGGCCUCGAAGAGUAGGAAACAGGCGAAACCAAGACCCAAGAGAGCGCCACCUGUUGGCAAAUCAGCAAAGAGACCACGCCGAAAACCUCGCUCCUCUGGACCUUCACCCAUGUUUUCUGCUCAAGAGCCGGAGAUCAAACUGAAAUAUGCAAAGCACAAAGAAGAGAAGAGAGAGAUCAGGCCAGACGGCUUCACCCCGUACGUUCACAUGGAGCUCUCAUCCUGCACAAUCGUCAGUUUCAGGGAAGAAGACGUUUAUUCGACAAAGAAAGGGUCACAGCAGGCGGUCUCGGGGGCCGUCCCGAAGACGUCCUGUUUGCAGCUGGGCCGUGUUGGCUCCGACUCCAGGUCACAGGUCAGGCGUUUCUGCUGCCUGUGUGGAAGAGCUGGCAAUGUUGAAGGCCUUGGGGACUUGCAUGGACCGUACUGUGAUUUGGACAGUUUGGAGGACGGUGGGUCCCGGUCUGUCAGACAGCAGAGGAAGGAGAACUGCUCGGAGAGCGUUAAGUGUAGUGAGCACUGGGUACAUGAGGACUGUAGCAUCUGGACUGCAGGCGUCUUUUUGGUUAAAGGGAAACUCUACGGACUGGAGGAAGCCAUCCGGCUCGCACAAGGAACAGUGUGUUCGUACUGUCACAUGGUUGGUGCCACUUUGGGAUGUUUUUUUAAAGAUUGCCCCCAUAAGUACCACUUCCCCUGUGCCCUGCAGUCAGACAGUGCGCUCAACGAGGAGAACUUCACCAUAAGAUGCCCGAAGCACAAGAAUAAAACAUCCAGAGCGAGUGUUAGCAGGCUGAAGAACAGAUGACAUUUGGGAGGUGCUGAAUUGUUUUUGAAGGUAGAUGUCGACAGACGUUGGCUCAUCUGGCGGUGGAAUGGGUCCCUGAUGUGUUUACAGAUCUUUCUGUUUGAUACAGCGCUCCACGUGUCGAGUGUUACACUCAGGCAGUCUGCUGGUCUGUCUUUGACCUGUCUCUGGAGCAGUACCCUCAGACAGCGCUGGAGGGUUUCCAUUGCAUUCCUCUGCGUUCUCAACACCUGAUAAACUCAACCACUGCAGAUCUCCAUUUCAUCUGAGUUUACUGAAGGCCAAAUAUCUCCUGCUUCAGGAAGAAUCCUGUAAAACCUUUUAAAGUGGCAAUCUAGACAACAGUGGGAUCAAUAAUGAGAGCCUCGCUUCAUUUGAAGUAACAGUACAAGCGUAUUGAGCAGAAGUGCUUGAUUUUUCAUUAUUUGUGCACUUUAGCAUCUCGUUGUUCAUUAAAUAUGUAACACCAACUGUCCUUUCUAUAACAGCGAUGUCUUUUUAUUACAUAAACCUGAAUGAACUAGUCCCUCCAGUGGUACUGUAUGCACUAUUACGUGAGCAUAUUUAUUUCUAUUUAUGUUUAAUGCAUAGGUGUAUAUUUAUUUGCCAAUGAGCAGCCGGACAGAGUGUGUUUUAGCACCCUGUAUACACGCAGUAGAGGCAAAUUAUAAUUUGAUGUGGGUAACAGCUACAGGGUGCUUUAAAUAUGAAUCUGGUUUCAGUUUACAUUUGAAACUUGUGGCCUGGGAAUCAAGAAAUCACAGCGUCUGUAGGUUUUUCCAUUUCACCUGAUGCCUUGUGAUGUUUCGACUUCUGUUUCAAUAAAUGUUUUUAUUCGACAUUCCUAAGA